AACAGAAAUAUUUCUGUCGCUAAACACGUCCAACAUUUGCAUACUACUUGCUUGUACAGCGGUUAUCGAUAGGUUGUAAACAAACGCGGUUGCGUGACAGAGCAGGCAGCUCUCCGUAUGUGUCAAACAGCUGAGCAGCCAAGUGUCAAAUGGAAGCACAAAUUAAAUAACGAUUACUACAUUUUGAUAUAUAAUCACAUAAAUUAAUGGCGCUGCGCAGCAUCAACAAACUGGAAGUGUUUUUGAAGCGAUAUAGUGCGCCCACGCUGUACUACUGCAGCAACAAAUCCGCGCAUGGUGCAACCAAUGGCAUAGGAACCGAUGACAGUAACAAUAACUACAAUAAUAAUAACAAAAACAAAAAUGGAUAUACCGGCUUUAGUUGGCGCAGCGUCAUUCGGUUCUUUGUGCCUUUCUCGCUUGGCGCACUGGCCAGCACAAUGGUGGCUCAGCGGGAGGAGUUGACACCGACGAUUUCGGCGCGCGCGCUGAGCGGACGCCGGCGUGAGUUCAAUUUCAUUGCAGAUGUGGUCGCCGGCUGCGCAGACUCUGUGGUCUACAUAGAGAUUAAGGAUACGAGGCACUUUGACUAUUUCAGUGGCCAGCCCAUAACGGCAUCGAACGGCUCUGGCUUUGUGAUUGAGCAGAACGGUCUUAUUUUGACCAAUGCUCACGUGGUUAUCAACAAGCCAAACACAAUGGUACAGGUGCGUCUGUCCGAUGGUCGCACCUUUCCAGCCACCAUUGAGGAUGUGGACCAAACAUCCGAUCUUGCCACACUACGUAUUCAAGUGAGCAACCUGUCCGUGAUGAAGCUGGGCAAAAGCAGCACACUGCGAUCUGGCGAAUGGGUUGUCGCCCUAGGCAGCCCGCUGGCCCUGAGCAACACGGUGACGGCGGGUGUCAUCAGCUCCACCCAGCGGGCCUCACAGGAGCUGGGGCUGCGCAACCGCGACAUCAAUUACCUGCAAACAGACGCUGCCAUAACCUUUGGCAACUCUGGUGGGCCGCUGGUGAAUCUGGACGGCGAGGCCAUUGGUGUCAACUCCAUGAAGGUCACAGCCGGCAUUAGCUUUGCCAUACCCAUCGACUAUGUGAAAGUAUUUCUGGAGCGUGCUGCAGCGCGACGCAGGAAGGGUUCCGCCUACAAGACAGGCUAUCCAGUUAAACGGUAUAUGGGCAUCACAAUGCUUACCCUCACCCCCGAUAUACUCUUCGAGCUGAAGUCACGGACGCAAAAUAUGCCCAACACUCUGUCGCACGGUGUGCUAGUGUGGAAGGUUAUUGUGGGCUCACCGGCGCAUAGUGGCGGUCUACAGCCGGGUGACAUUGUAACGCACAUUAACAAGAAGGAAAUCAAAAACUCCUCCGAUGUUUACGAUGCGCUGGCAGACGGCAAAAAGGAAUUGGAUAUUGUCAUUUUGCGUGGCGUUAAGCAAAUGCGAGUGACUAUUACGCCGGAAGAUCCCUGAUCCAGUUUUAUCAUUGACCACUGCUAUACACGCUCUCGAUUUUGGUAUAAUGCUUUUGCAUAAAUUUGUAUAAUGUUUUGUGUUUGCAAUAUAAAGAGGAGCUGCCACUAUAACGCAUAUGCAGUCCGCUAAUUAGGUGGCUGCCACAUAGCAUACCAGUAAUUGUCAUGCUGCGCCCGAAAUUCAAUACAAAUUAUAGCACAUCAAAUUUUGGUGUUUACAGUUGAGGUAAAAUAAAAUAUGUGUAAUUCGUAUUACAAA